AUGAGGAGCUGCUCCAGGGGCACAGCCGUGCCCGUCCUGCUGCUCCUGCUGCUGCUGGGCACCGCGCCCGCCCGCGCCCAGCCCUCCUGCCCGCGCUUCCCCGAGCUCCUGCCCGCCAAGCUCAAAGAGCUCAGGCUCAAGUUUGAGGAAAUUAAGGAUUAUUUUCAAUCCAAAGAUGACGACCUCAGCACCCAACUGCUCAGCUCCGACCUGCUGGAGGAAAUCAAGGGGAGCCUGGGCUGCCAGUCGGUGUCGGAGAUGAUGGAAUUCUACCUGGAGGAGGUGCUGCCCAGAGCCAUGAGGAGCAGCAGCCAGCACCAGCACAGCAUGGGCCACCUGGGCAACCUCCUGCUGAGCCUGAGAGCCAUGAUGAGACGCUGUCACAAAUUCUUCACCUGUGAGGAGAGGAGCAGGAGCAUGGAGCACAUCAAGGAGACCUUCAGCAGGAUGAGCAGGAAUGGAAUCUACAAGGCCAUGGGAGAGUUUGACAUCUUCAUCAACUACAUUGAAAAAUAUUUAACCAUGAAGAGAAGGAACUGAGUCUGCAUUUUCCACACCAAAAUUCACUUUAGGCUGCAAGAGCUCAAAUGAAGUGAUCUCAAGGUUCAGGUUAAGAGUUACAGGUCUAUUACUUCCAGCUUAAUAUUGUAUUUAAGAGCUAUUUUUGUAAUAAUUGAAUUUAUUAUUUAUUACUUCCAAUACCUCAGUGUUGAUGUUUACAGUAUGUUUUGAAGGAAGGAGUGAUGAGCUUGUAAAUUACUAUUUAUUGUUCAAUAUUUUAAUAUUGUUUAUCACAGUGUUAUUUUAUUCAUAGCUUCAAAACAUCCAAAGCAGUGUUUUUCUGGAGGGCAGACAAUGAGCUGAGCUAAUCCUGAGUGAAUUAGGAGCAAGGCCAACUCUCAGUUCAACAAAAUUUAAUUUGAGGCAAAUGAGCCUCUCCUCAUGUCCUAAAUCUCUAUUUAUUUAUGCAAUCAUGGGUUUAUGUUUAGGAGGAGAAAAAUCCACAGCAACAGCUUGGCUGACUCCACUUUAGACUUCAACCUGUAAAUUAGUCCAGACUAAAUUUAAAAAAUUAAUAAUAGGAGUGAAAUGUUUGGUUCUGAUAGAACUUGACUGAAGUAUUGCUCAGUAUCUGCCUCCCAGAGCUGCUGGGUGACCAGCCUGCACUUUGCCAAGUUAACCUCAUGUUUCCCAGCCUCUGAUUGGGUUUUCCUCACGGUUUCACUGCUGUUCAUUUUUCUUUCCCAAGUUAGAGGAUGUUUAAUUAACCACCAUUUUAAGGUGGCUCGGGUGAUUUGCAUUCAAAUCCGUGGGGCUGCUCCCAGAACUGCUGGGAUUGGAGCUGGGAUCCCCAGGAGCAGGGGGAGCAGCUGCAGUGCCCCCCAAAAGUGGCUGAUUUUAGGGCUCAGCUUCCUCCUCACUGGGUGGACCCUGAGCCAGAGGAAAAUGCCACAACCCCCAGAGAGGCUUUUACUUCUAAUAUUUAGAAGUUGAAAGGCCCAGCUGAUGAAACACGGCCAGUUUGGUGUUUGCUGUGCAGGUCCCAGCUGAGGAGAGGUUAUUUAUGUGGGAUUUAUUCUUUGUGGACUUUUCUGGUGGCAGCAGGGGAUUCCUCCUGGAAUUGGAUGUUCCAGAGCAGGGCAGGAAUGCUGCUCCUGCUGAAAGCUCAGGCCCAAGGGCAGCCAAAGACUGUAAAACUUAAAUUAAGCUUCUUGCAAAGCACAUUGAGCUCCUGUUGAGCCAAUUCUGAGCUUGUCUUUCCCUCCAAACACCUUCAAGAAGCAAGGACAGCCCUGGAGCCAAGGACAACACCAGCACAGCUUCUGUCACUGGGUCAGCUUCCACCUGUUUAUCUGAAAUGAUCUGACAAGAAAUCCUUUAUUUUUGCUAAUAAAGA